UUUAUGAUAAUAUUUUGAAUCAUAAAUUGUGUUUUUUUUAGUAAUAUCAAUUUUAUUACCAAUGACUUAAUUGUUAAUAACAAAAUAUAAUAUUUAUAAAUAUUUUUAUUCUCAACAGGCUACAAUUUUUACUCUUGUGAUAAAAAAAAUUUUGUCAUAAAUUACACAUUAUGAUGAGUUUUUCUAUUUUCCUUAUCAGCCAAUUCAACAAAUAUCAUAUAUAUUGUAAUGGCUAACAAAUUUUCACAUAAAUUUUUUAUAAGAUAAAGUAGAAUGGAAUUAUUCAAUUUCAAAAAAAAAAAAAAUGGUACCUAAUGAAAAAGAUAAAAUAUAUAGAUCAUCUCGAAGAAAUCAGGAAAGAUAAAUGAUGAGACCAUAUAUAGGACCCUUGAUGGAGACUAUUUUAAUUGAAGUGGUGUGCUCCUUCCGACUCAGAACAUGUUCAGCAUUGCACACAAACUAACAUCGUCGAUCUUGAGUAUGAAAAAGGUGAUUAGAUUCCAAGGUUGUCGUUUGUCCCAACUCCUCAUAUUAGAGGUGAUGCUCAAGCUAACGUGCCUCGCAGUUGAGCCCCGGCCAAUCGGUCUAAUAUGCUUUUCCAAUGGCAUCUCCAUGGAAGGAAGGAGGAUGAAUCAAGUUCCUUUGUUUAGCUCUGCAAGAGAACUGGGAAAUUUAAUGGUGACCUCCAAUCUAAUCGACUCUGCUUUGACUAAAAUUCUUGAGCUUCAAAGAGACCAAACAGCCUUGCUUUCCUCCGUUCAAUACAGAGUUUUUUAUCCAUCUCCCAAGUGCACAAUUGUAGCUUUUGUCUCUUCACCUGACUGCACUCAAAACCCUCUUCCUGGACAAGGAGAUUUAGUUCCGUCUCCUCUCUUUGACUUCCUCUGCACCGAAGAAUACAAGUCCGUCUCCAUUAACAGAGCUGCAUUAACCCUCUUUACCUCUUUCCACGAUCAUCUCUCUGGACUAAAAACUCAGUUGACUCAGAUUGAAGGUCAAUUAAUCAUCACUGGGCACUCCCUGGGAGGAUCCGUUGCUUCUCUCUUCACCUUAUGCCUGCUAGAUGGAAAUUUAUUAAAACCCAACUGCCGCCCCUUUUGUAUCACCUUUGGUUCACCCCUCAUCGGCGGCUUUGGCCUCCAACACUCCAUAUGGAAUUCUUUCUUCCUGCAUGUAGUGUCUAACCAAGACCCAGUCCCCGGUCUCUUCCUCCCAUCUGGCAGAGGCAGAUCUACGCCCACAUCCUCCCAUUCACAAACUACCGGUUACAAGCCCUUUGGGACAUAUCUCUUGUGCUCUGAACUUGGUUGUGCUUGUUUGGAAAAGCCUGAUUUAAUUUUGGGAUUGCUGAAAGUCAGAUCAUCCGAGGUUGCCGGAGGAUUGCAGGAUGUUGAUUAUGGGGAGAUUUUAAGAAACCUCAAGGAGAGGGCAAUCUGCAAGGGACUUCAGCAGGUGGGUGAAAGGUUUGCAGAUCCUUUUACAGCUGGGAUCAUCAUGGACCUUGAGAUAAUUGGAUUUGAUCAAACAAAGCUGCUGCAGCAUAACAUUGAUAUCGAGACUGUGAUAAGCACAAUGGAAGAGGAAGCCAGAAACCCAACCAAAAAAAAUAAAGCUUUCGAUGCCAAGAUUCUGAAUCACAAAAAAAAAGACAUGGCCGGGCUAGAAUGGUAUAAGAAGAAAUCAAAAGAUCUGAACAAGGGUUACUACGACUGCUUCAAAAACCAGGGGUCAAAAAGGGACAUUAAAAUUGAACAGUAUGGGGGACACCUCACAUUAUACUGGAAAGACAUGGUUGCACAAGUACAGAGGAAGCCCCAGAAGGAAGGAGCAACAUUUCGAACCCGUUGGCUCUAUGCAGGGACGGUUUAUAGAAGAAUGGUUGAACCACUGGACAUUGCUGCCUUCUACGUAGAGGGUGGAACAGACUACAUGAAGAAUGAAAGAUCUCUUCAUUACAAGCUGUUGCAGCAAUGGUAUGAGGAAGAUGUGAAACCCCCCUCUAAGGAUAAGCUUGAUUCCAAGAAGCAAAAGGUGUCUGGUAUCCUAACUGAGGAUUCUUGCUUUUGGGCACAUGUGGAGGAGGCUAUCUUGUCAUGCGAAUUGCUUAAGAGUGAAAACUGUACUCUUGAGCAGGAAAAAUCAUCAUGGGAUAAUCUGGUUAAGUUCGAGGAGUAUGUAAUGGAACAGAUUAACAACUAUGCAGUGUCCCCUGAGAUUUUCUUGGGGGAAAGCAGCUUCAUGAAAUGGUGGGGACUGUAUGAGGGCUACAUAUAUGCUCGCAGUAAUUCCCAUAGGUCACCAUUGAUCAGCUUUAUGAAGAACGGUAGUUAUACAGAGUAUCGUUAGAGGGGUAAUCCAGUUUGUGUGUUGUGUGUAUUGUUUUGUGAGCAUUCAAUGGAUAGAACUAGAAAGAGUGUGACCUUUUUCCUUUUUUUCUUCUAGUUGCUGCCCAUAUUCUCAGCACUAUUUUCUUCCUUCUUUUCCUCAGUUUUUUCUUAAGAAAUGAAUAUUAUGAUGUUGCUGGGAUGCACUUUCAUUUUUGUUCCA